AUGAAGAGGCUGUCGAUAGGAGCUUGCUUAGCUGGUUUAUGUCCUGCUGGUUCGGAAUGCAUUGGAAGCUUCUGUUGUAAAACGAAAAGAUCCGAGUCAUCGACAAAAGAAGAGGAGAUUGAAGAAGAGGGAAGUCCCGAGUAUGGAACGUGCGCGAGUGGGUAUCAUGCUAUUGGAGAAUGCAUCUCGGACACUUGCCCUGAUGGUUAUAUUUGCGAGGACUCGAAGUGUUGUAAAAUCUUGAAUAACGUGCGUGUUUUUACAUUGAAACCUGUGAGAACGACUGAAUCCUUUACUACACCAUUAACAACUGAAAAAUUGACUAAUACUGGGAGUCAAGAGGAAAUCACGAAAAAUGUUAUCACCGAAGAUUCGGAAGAAAAUGAGAUUGAACAAUUGAAAAAGGAAUAUCAAAAGUUGAAGGAAUUAUUGGAGAAAAAGAUGAAAUCAAAAUGGAUUACAACGACGAAAGUUGAGAUGAACACAACUACGCUUCAACCAUCAACAACAACUGUUCAAGAGAAAUUGGAUUCAGAAGAGGAUGGAGAAGAAGAAGAAAAAGAGACAAAAGAGAAAUCGGAAGAAGUUGAAGAAACAACUGAAGAGAUGACAACAAGCACAAUGAGUACAAGCACAAAGUUCUCUAGUCUCACCUCAACGAGAAAACCGACAACAACAGCAACAACAACAACGACAACAACAACUCCAUCAACGACAACUGAAGCUGAUACAACAACAGAAGAAGAGAAACAGCAUUGCCCUGUUGGGGGACCGAUUGGAGAAUGCAUCAGCGGUCAAUGUCCAGAAGGUCACACUUGCUUCAACAAUUUCUGCUGCAUUCUGACUCCCGAGUUGAACUGUACUGAUUCCUUGAGUAAUUGUAAAGCAGAGCUCUGUGAUCGACGGGGAUACAAGGAUUUCAUGACAAGGCAAUGCUCAAAGACUUGUGCUCGAUGUCAUUUUAUCUUAGGCGAGAAGAUCGAGUGCCGAGAUCGUCGAACGGAUUGUGCUGAGUGGGCAGCUGAAGGCUUUUGUCAAUCAACCCUUUACACAACACGACAAAAGAUGAAAUUCUGUGGGAAAAGUUGUAAACUAUGU